UUUUAGUUUCUCUGGCAUCACCGAGCAUUGCUGUGAGUUGACAAAAAAUUUCUUUGCACUAGCAGGAAAAAGCGAAUUUUAGUGUUCUAAAAGUGAAAUUUGAUUAGUAUUUUGAAAGUAAAUAAAACAUGAGCGACGGUGCAGGCAACUGGUGUCUCAUUGAGUCCGAUCCUGGUGUGUUCACCGAGCUUAUUCGCGAGUUUGGUUGCGAAGGCGCCCAGGUGGAGGAGAUCUGGAGUCUGGACAGUGAGUCCUUCAAGAACCUGGAGCCCAUUCACGGCCUGAUCUUUCUUUUCAAGUGGGUGCAAGAAGAUGAGCCGGCUGGGAAAGUGGUCCUGGAUCGGGAGAACAUAUUCUUUGCCAAGCAGGUCAUUAACAAUGCCUGCGCCACUCAGGCCAUUCUGAGUCUGCUUAUGAACCUGGAGCACGAGGACAUCAAGCUGGGCGACACGCUGACCAACUUCAAGGAUUUCUGCCAGUGCUUUGAUCCCUACAACAAGGGACUGACUCUGAGCAACGCCAGCCAGAUUCGUACCGUUCACAAUUCGUUUGCCCGUCAGACGCUCUUCGAGCUGGAUAUGAAGAACCAGAACAAGGACGAGGAUGUCUACCACUUUGUGGGCUACAUACCCAUCGGUGGCAGGCUUUACGAGUUGGAUGGCCUCCGGGAAGGACCCAUAGACCUGGGCGAAAUCCGUCCCGAGCAGAACUGGAUCGAUGUGGUAAAACCCAUUAUCGAGAAGCGCAUGCAACGCUACAGCGACGGCGAAAUUCAUUUCAAUUUAAUGGCCCUCAUCUCGGACCGUCAGCGCAUCUACGAACAGCAGAUCGAAAAGCUGCUGAAUCCCGGUCCAAAUGCCAUGGAUACCGAGGAGGAUCGUCAGACUGAGAUAAACAACUUGCGCACCUACAUUCAGUAUGAAAUCCAGAAAAAGAAGCGCUACAAGGUGGAGAACGUGCGUCGCAAGCACAACUAUUUGCCGUUCAUCGUGGAGCUGCUGAAGAUGCUGGGCGAGACCCAGCAGCUGAUGCCCAUUUACGAGAAGGCCAAGCAGAGGGCGCUGGAACGCGAACAGGCGCAGCGUAAAAAGGACUCUAACUAGUCGGCAUUUAAAAACAUAUAGCUCUCUUGUCGUUGGGCAAUUCCAAAUUGCAACGAUUUCAAAACAAAAAAAAACAUAAAAAAUCAGAAAAUUGGAGAUAUGAAGCUUAAAAGCAAUCGGCAGAGUAGAAAUCGAUGGGUUCUUUAGUAGAUAGGUGAAACUGCCUUGUACUGUACUUUAGUUUUAUACACUCUACACUUUUAAUACUUAGCUUUGCUAUUUUGGCUUUUUCUUUCUGCCAGUUAAUCGUAAAUACACACUUCUCCGUGUUAAGCUAAAUAGUAUACCUAAUACAAAAUAGUGAAAAAUUUAAAUGGAAAUAAACAGUUUCGGUAACAUAAAGAAAUAAAACA